AUGGCUCUUAUUGAUAUCAGUCCAGACGUUUUGGAGUACAAACCUCCUUUUACGACACAAUCUACUGAAUAUGCAACUAUUACCAACAACUCUGCCCAGCCAGUAGUCUUUAAGGUGAAAACUACCGCACCAAAAUUUUACUGCGUUAGACCAAACGCUGCACUUGUGCAACCAGGAGAAUCUGUUCAAGUUCAAGUUAUUUUGUUAGGUUUGGGUAAAGAACCUGCCUCUGAUUUCAAGUGCCGUGAUAAGUUCUUAGUGAUAACGUUGCCAGCACCAUAUGACCUAGGGGACAGACAAGUAGCAGACGUUUGGCAUGAAUUAGAAACAGAAUUCAAACACCAAGCUGUUUCUAAAAAGAUUAAGGUCAAAUAUGUGAGUGGUGGCACUAGUGCUGACGCUGCUGGUGCCAGUGCUGCUAGUGCUGGUGCUGCUGGCGGUUACAACGAAGAAACUGCUCGCGGUUACGACGGAUCUUUUGCUGGUGUAGAUGGUGUUCCAAAAACUGCCGAAUCCCAGGAUUCAGAACUAUUAGAAAAACCAAAGGUAGAUUCUAAUGUUGAUGUUGAUGGUGGUGAGGCUGCCGUUGGUACUAAACAAGUCGACGGUCGUUCUUCCUCCUCUGAAGGUUCUUUGAAUUCAACUGCUUUAGUCCUAGUUGCUUUAAUUGCCUUGGUUCUAGGGUGGUUGUACUAUUAG